UAUUAAAUGAUGCGGUUCUGUAGUGAUUUUUGUUAAAAUAUGGAUCCAAUACGUUACUAAUGGCCUCUUAUAUAAAGACUUUACGUUGAAAAUAUGGUUGAAAUAUGUAAAAGCGGAGUUUAUGCAAAGCGGCAUUUCCUCUAUCUUUAUUCGGAGGCGUCGCGCGCCACUCGCGGCCCGUUUGUAGAACGUAAAAGCAAAUGGCGUUGCUCGGAUGUUUUUGGGAACGUCGCCAUUGUUGUUUAAUAAAAUACAGGAAAAAAGCGGUUUAGUUCUGUGUUCGUGUUUUUUGAAUAGUUAUUUUUUUACGUUUGCGGGGCAGAAUCGUUUUAAAACUACGUUUAGCGGAGGCAAAUGAAGGAUUACUGUGAUAGUGAAAAAGUGGUGCAAUGUUUGUUGUAUGCGUACUUGUAAAUCGGUUGCGCUUAUUCACUUAGCGUUUCGUAAGCUUCGUUUGGACUCGUCACGUGGGAGUGUUCUGUCUGAAAUACCUUUCAGUUACGCAUUGUUGAAAAAUUAAAACCACCGGAAAUAAAAUUUUGACAAAGUAUUAUUUGGCGCCAUGAGGACUGAUAUCAGUGAAUGUGCAAAUGUGUUAGUUACGCUCCCGGUAUUAUUUAACUUGUGUAUUUACCAUCUGCGUUCUACCGGCAAACGGUUUUGACUGACAGCCCCGAAACUAUCCAGCCCGGGAAGUGUUAUUUAUGGGAUUUUGUGUCGGCAUAUCGAUCAAGUAGUACACUUUUUGUAAGUCUUUUUUUAUUGUUUAUGAGAUGAUAAGUUUUGCCCGAAGAACUGAAUGAAUGGGACUGCGUACGGCCUCGGUGAGGCGCUCCGAUGCGGAGGUCAUGGCCCCCGCUUUAACAGAUACGGUUCAAUCACAAAACUUUAAUUUAUCUUCGAAAAAUCCCGCGUCUCCUCUAAAUAACUUCGAGACAAACAAGUAUUCGCCGACUCUCGCGAAGAGAGCUCUAAAUACAGAUGACUUGAGCUUAUUAGAAAAUAUCGAACCCGUUAAUUUGGACUCGAAGAAACCGAUAUUAGAAGAGUGCUCGGAAAAAGUAAACAGUGCCUCGGAUAAUAAUACAUCGUCUCAGAAUAUGAGUGUAAGCUCAUCACCUAUGGGUGACCGAGAAGACAAAAUGGGACUCGAAAAAACGUUACUUAAUAGCACUUUAGAACCAAAUGUAGAGGAUAUUAUGCAACAGGUAAUUAAAUCUAUAGAGACAAGUGAACAACUCAACAAUUCAAGUGAUCUGAACGAAGUAUUAGAUUUAAAUAUCGACAAAGAUUUACUCGAACAAGUAGACAACAUCAUCAACAUUUCAAUGGACGAUAAUCACGAUGAUUUAGAAACAGCUCAUAAAAUCAAGGAAAAUCAGGCCAGUUUAAUACUGGCCGAUCUACAGAAGAAACAUGCACGAAUCGAAAGGAGGCUCGACUUCCUCAGAAGACGCUGUUACAAACUGGAAUCGAAAUUAAUGGGAGAACAUAUUAGUGGAGAGGUUGCCGGAGUUUUCGAGCAAGUUCAUCGCUCUAUAAAAAAAUCGGAAUCUUCACAAGACAACGAAAAACAUAAACCGAUCUCGGCAACGUCCGUUAAGAUGCUAGUGCGAAAAUUGGAGAUGGCCUCUGUGCUCCAAGCGAACAACGCGGCCCGGCAAAAGAACAUCUCGAAAUAUUUCGGUUCGGGUUCGAUAGAAGUGUCGAUGUUUCGAAAUAACGUUACCGGACAAGUCGCUAUUCCUCAGUGGAGUGCGGAGCAUAAAAGUGAACUGGAGAAAGUAGCUGGGCAGUUGCAGUCGCAGCUGCAUUUGGUGCAAGAUCAGUUGGACUCCGAGGCUACCGAGAGCAGUUCUGGCGGCGAGAGUUGCGACGAAUUUCAGACCUACAACAAUCCUCAUCAACAGUACCUCAGCAUACAAAAACGUGCCCUGUGGAAAUAUUCUACGGACCGAGCGGCCAUCGCCUCGCGAUGGACGUGGCUUCAGUCUCAGAUUUCCGAUCUCGAAUAUCGCAUCAGGCAGCACACGGAAAUUCACAAGCAAAUCCGGGCCGAGAAGGGGCCAGUCCAGCUGGCCGAGCUGCCAGAAAACACUCAGAAACCCGUAGAAUUCCAUGAACACGAAAGAACCUCACCUGCAAGUGACAAUACGUCAACCGUGAACGGAUACGUCGGGCAGUUGCCCGGGGCAUUGGGAAUUAAGGCUGAAAAUGACAAGACGGACUGUCAACAGUGUGCCAGGACGAGACCGUUGGUUAACUUUAGGAAAAGAAGGUUACUGCAAGUGGCCGGGUUGCAUGCAGUGUCCAAGAAAGCCGCUCGUCCUAGCACCGUGCGAUGCAGUUGCGUGCCGUGUCAAGAGCCCUGUGCCCUUUGCACGGGACGGGUGGAUCCUAUGCAUCCCAGAGAUCCACCCGAAACCCUUGUGAAAGCCGAAAAAGUCGCCCUGCUUGAUCCCGGUUUCCAUCCAGUCCUGUCUCUACCCGAAGAUUCUUCUCAAAAUUUGCACUUUGAGGCCAUCAUGAAACUCCACGAGUGGCAGCAACGGAGCUUGCGAAUGAAGACGAUGAAGGUACUGCAGAAACGGGAUCAAGGGGAAUCCAAGUCGCUGGAGCAUCGAACGAAGAAAUUGGACCAUCGAAAAAAGUACGGUCGAUUGAAAUCCAGCACUAUGGCGACGCUAUCUGAAAAAAUAAAGAACAAGAUCAAACGGCGUAAGGUGGGACGCCCGUCGGGCAUCAGUAAGUUUAAGAAGCGACAAAGCCAGUUGCUUUUGCAGAACUAUGACGUAGCUGCGGAGGAUGCGGAGGUGGAAGCGAUGAUCGGCGAAGGUUCGACUCCGUUUUUGGGUGCGCCUCAGGAACGGAACCAACUGGAUUCGCCACACGGUUCGCCUUUGCUUCAGAUGCAAUCUAUAUCUGGUUACAAGCAACACAACAGGAAUGUCAGGUCGGAUUCGUAUGAUAUUGAUAACAUUGUGAUACCUUACAGCGUGGCUGCGUCCACGCGUGUAGAAAAACUUCAGUACAAGGAAAUUCUGACACCAAAGUGGAGGAUUGCUGAAACAGAGCCAUUAUACAAACUUGAAACUAAGAAUAACGGUACUGUGACUGAUUUAGUGGAGGAUAGUGAUGUGGAAGACCUUACCGAAGAGGAAGUGGUCGCGCGCCACGACCGUUGCGAGCAAGAGGAGAAGAAACGCUUCCUCAGCUACCUGAAGCUGCCCGCCGGCUACGGCCGCCAACGCUCCCACAAGCGCCACGACAGCGUCGCGGAGAACUCGCGCGCCAACACGCCUGAUCCCCCCGCCAGUCCCCACCCCGAGGGCGGAGCCAAGAGCUCGGACGGGAUGCCGGCGCUGGCGUCGCCGCCGCCUACGCCCGGGGCCGUGCUCGAGGAGGCGCUGCCCUCGAUCCAGGCGAUGCUGCGCAGGCGCACCGUGUCACAGUCCCGAGCGAAGGAGGAUCCGGUUCCCGUCGAUUUCGUCGAACAACCUCCAUAUGAGGCUCGAUUAUUUCCCCUAUCGGCACCCGAAUACGAGCGAAUGGUUCAGGAAAUGCCCGAUGCCCAUCGAGAAAUUAAAACCAACUUUAGAGCGCAAGAUACGGGAGAAUAUAUUACGGAGGGCAACGGAGCCGAGUCUGCAGACAGCGAAUCUACCGAGUCUGCUAUUGGCGACGAUGCUAUUCUAGAAGACGAGGAUGAAGCUUUCAUGGAAGACGAAGAGGAAGAAGAUGAGGAUCCUAACGAUCCUGAAUGGACCGACGCGGAGAAAUCCGGACAUAAGGACAAACACCAUCGGAGGUAGAUUUAAGAGAUUAAGAGUUCAAUCGUUACUAAUGGACUUUCAAGAUCUUCUAAGUAAACUACUAGCCGAUUAGCAUUUAGGUAUUUUUUUAAUUGUUUACUUAGCUCUCCAUUAAUCUAAUAAAUAUUAAUUAUGUUGAAUACCGCAUAUUCUUACGUACUGUUUUAUUAUCAAUGAUAAAAGUACCUUAAACAAAAAAAUAUAUAUUAUAGCGAUAUAACAUCUAUCUACUAAAACGACAUAACAACAAUAUGUUGUGUAUAUUACGCGUAUAGAGCAAAAGAAGGCUUAAUAUAUUAUUGAUACGUUUCAACUAAGUACAAAGAAUUAGACUAGGUAGGGAUUUAAUUGAUUAACUUUGAUGUUUUUUUUUUCAACUAAGAGCGCUAUUAGAAACAUUAUUUUCGAUAUAAUCAUAUAAAAACGUAGUUUUACAUUACAUUAAAUGAAUUUACUACUACGAGUUUUACGUUGUAAAAAUUAUACUAAUCCAAA